AUGUCUUCUUUCUUCACCGUGCCUGCCUCGCAGCGCAAGCGCAAGAGAGACGACCGCACUGCACCCCCGGCAACUAAGAAACGAGGCGUGGAUGCAAAGAACGAUGGAGGAAAAGCCCAACGACCCCGCGAACGGGAGGAAUCAAUUUCAGGAAGCGAUGUGGACGAAGAUGAGAUUGACUCGGUAAUCUCUGGAGAAGACUCUGAAUCGGACUCGGAUGAAGGCGAAACGGCCGCAGACCGAAGAUUGAAACUUGCGGAACGUUACUUGGACAAUGUUAGAGAAGAUGUCCAAGAAGUCGGAUUCGAUGCGGAAGAGAUCGAUCGAGACUUGAUUGCGGAGCGAUUGAAGGAGGAUGUUGACGAAUUCAAAGGACGAGCUUUCCGACAAAUUGCCGAUAAACUCUCGUUUUCCACGGCUUCGCAUUCUUUCUUCCGCGCAGAUACCCAGUCUACUACUUCCAUCGCUGUUCAUUCGCCCUACGUUUACACCGUCUCAAAGGACAAAACCUUGAUUAAGUGGGAACUGGCAACACCGAGUGGUCCUGAGGCAUCUGUCCAGGAUGCUUCUUCCAAACGACCCCCACGACCGCAACGAAGGAAGCCGAAGCAGGUGAAGUACGCUCGGGGUAUGCGUAAGAUUGCUGAAACUGGCGAGGAACACGGCCACACGGGAAGCAUCUUGUCUGUUGCUGUCAGCCCCUCGGGAAGAUUCGUGGCAACAGGUGGUGCAGACAAGAAACUUGUGAUUUGGGAUGCGGAGACUUUGACCCCAACCAGAACUUUCACCCAACACCGUGAUUCUGUCAGCAGUGUCGCUUUUGCUCGCCAUAUUUCGACUAUGAGCUCCGGAGAGCAGCUUUUUACUGGUAGUUACGAUCGUACCAUCAAAACCUGGUCUAUUAGCGGAGCCGGCCAUGCCUAUGUUGAAACUCUCUUUGGUCACCAAGACCAUGUGACUGGGGUGGCAGCUAUGACAAUUGACCAGGCUCUGAGCGUUGGUGCCAGAGAUAGAACAGCCAGAUUAUGGAAGGUUGUCGAAGAGGCACAACUCGUGUUCCGUGGCGGUGCUUCAAAGAAGGCACCCUACAAGGAGAGCAACAUUGACUGCAUUGCCGCUCUCCCGCCAGCACAUUUCGUCACUGGUUCCGACUGCGGAUCAAUCUGUCUGUGGUCGAUGCAUAAGAAGAAGCCUCUUUACACAGUUCCCUUGGCACACGGUCUGGACCCUAUCCCGCCUUUGGAAGAAUUAUCUCAAGAAGUCGACAGCGAGACUGCUGCCAAUAAUACCCGGCAUAUGCGCCCCAUGCCUCGCUGGAUUACCGCUCUGACCACUCUUCCCGGUACCGAUAUCGUCCUGAGUGGUAGCUGGGACGGUUCUAUCCGCGCAUGGCGCAUCCCAGAAGAUAAGAAGAGUAUCAUUCCAUUAGGCCCAGUUGGUCUUGGUUCUUCUGGCCUGUCAACUCCCGAUACACCUUCCCAGCAGCUCAACCAAUCACUCGCCAGUGGCACCCCCGGUGAUGACAUGGAGAUUGAUGGAAUCUCCCAGCAAAAUGCGGAGCCUUUAAUCAAGGGUGUGAUUAAUGAUAUCGCCGUUUUCGAGCGUCGCCCCGAAUCAGACCAGCCUGAGUCAAAGGGAUCCAAAUCGCAGAUCAACACUCAACCUCGUGGCCUGUGCAUCGUCGCAGCAGUUGGCAAGGAGCACCGACUAGGCCGGUGGAAGUGCUUUGCCACCAACUACGACAAGGCUACUCCAUCGGAUGGUCGCAACGGUGCAGUUGUCUUCGAGGUCCCCUUCACAUCUCUCGUUGAUGCCGAGGCCGAUGUAUAA